GAAGCCGGAAGCGGCGCCGGCUGCGCGGGUCAGCCAUGGCCCUGCCGCUGCCCUGGGAGCUGUGGGCCGAGCUGCCAGUGGAGAAGCGGAUCUUCUGCUCUGUGCUGCUCUUCUCCUGGGCCGUCUACCUGUGGGAGGCCUUCCUGGCGCACCGGCAGAGGAGGGUGUACAGAACAACAACCCACGUACCAUGGGAAUUAGGACAGAUUAUGGAUUCGGAAACAUUUGAGAAAUCUCGUCUGUAUCAAUUGGAUAAAAGUACUUUCAGUUUUUGGUCAGGACUGUAUUCGGAGGUGGAAGGCACUUUGAUUCUCCUCUGUGGAGGAAUUCCUUUCCUUUGGAAUGUGUCUGAAAAAAUAUCUGGUCGUGCUGGAUUUGGACCUGAAUAUGAGAUUGUUCAGUCAUUGGUGUUUUUGCUGCUUGCUACGCUCUUCAGUGCAGUGACGGGCCUACCAUGGAGUCUGUAUAAUACAUUCGUUAUAGAGGAGAAACAUGGCUUCAAUCAGCAGACACUGGGAUUCUUUUUUAAGGAUGCCAUCAAGAAGUUUGUUGUGACACAGUGUAUUCUAUUACCGGUGACAUCUCUUCUGCUUUACAUUAUUAAAAUAGGGGGAGACUACUUCUUCAUUUAUGCCUGGCUUUUCACAUUGGUUGUUUCUUUGGUCCUUGUUACAAUCUACGCGGACUACAUUGCCCCUUUGUUUGAUAAAUUCAUUCCACUUCCUGAGGGAGAGCUCAAACAAGAAAUUGAAGUCAUGGCAAAGAGUAUUGACUUCCCUUUGACUAAGGUCUAUGUUGUAGAAGGCUCCAAGCGCUCUUCCCAUAGCAAUGCUUAUUUUUAUGGCUUCUUCAAGAAUAAGCGGAUAGUGCUGUUUGACACCCUUCUAGAAGACUACUCUGCACUGAACAAAGAACCAUCAGAAGGAAGUGAAGAUGCUGAAGAUGAAGAGACAAAGUCCAAAGUUAAAAAUAAGAAGCAAGGUUGUAAAAAUGAAGAGGUUUUGGCUGUGCUUGGCCAUGAACUGGGUCACUGGAAGCUAGGUCACACCAUAAAAAAUAUCGUCAUCAGCCAGAUGAACUCCUUUCUCUGUUUCUUCUUGUUUGCUGUAUUAAUUGGACGGAAGGAACUCUUUGCUGCAUUUGGUUUCUAUGAGACCCAACCUACCCUAAUAGGCCUGAUGAUUAUCUUCCAGUUCAUUUUUUCACCUUAUAAUGAGGUUCUCUCCUUCUGUUUGACUGUACUAAGCCGCCGAUUUGAAUUUCAAGCUGAUGCAUUUGCCAAGGAGCUUGGGAAGGCUGAAGACCUGUAUUCUGCUUUGAUCAAACUAAACAAAGAUAAUUUAGGAUUCCCUGUUUCUGAUUGGAUAUUUUCAAUGUGGCAUUAUUCCCAUCCUCCUCUGUUAGAAAGACUUCAAGCCUUGAAGGACUCAAAGCAAGACUGACUGGAAUCAUGAUUGGUUCAGAGACGGUGCUUCCAGCUCAGAAACAAAAUUCAGAGCUGCUUGGGGUUUGUUUGGGUUUUUGUAUUAGUAUUUUUUCCAAUUUAAGUCCACCAUUACCAGUAGUACCAUGUCGUUGUCUUGAAUGCAGUUAAUCCCUCAAAUGGCUAUUAAAUUUAAGUGAAUUUUAAAAGAAAAUAACCUGUGGGUCUGAAUUUGGAGAAUGGACUUAUCUGAAGGCCUUUCUCCACUAAAUGUGAUUUUUGGAUUGUAGAGCAGACUUUGGGGAAAGUAACACUCAUUGCUCCUGAAGUGCCCACCUCUUAAGAUUGUGCAAAGCUUGAAUGUGGCUUUGAUUCUUUCACAGUAUCUUUUGUAAACCCAGCUGUAGCUUUCCUCCCAAGUCGCUGUGAACGGUGGUGCCUCAGUCCUGUACUAGUUGUUGUCAGGGAAGAUGAAUUGGGUGAUUUGACUUCUGCGAAAAUAGUUUAUCCUAGCCAAUCACUGUUCAAAUGUUUAAACAAGUGAGCAAGUUGGAAUGAAGAUGGGGGCUCUUUUCCCUGGAUUAAGAUCCGUGUCUUCAGUGGAUGAAAAUGCUACUUUCAGAGAUGUAAUAAAACUGCCUCCUUCCCUGAAUGGGAAAUUGGAUUGAAUUCCAGCUGCAAAAAUGUGUGAUCUUGUUCUCAAUAAAAUUAUCACUCAUGCACCGUAACCAGCAGUCCGGUAGCAGGGCUCUGAGUCAAGCUCCAAGGACUGCUCAUUCCCCUUCCUAGUCUGUGGACCAUUGAAGUGUUAAUAGAGAAGCACCAGUGGGAUCUAUAGAAGAGGAGCAGAGUGAGGGAAAAUUGCCAACUUCUUGCCCUUCCUUUACCUUUUGUAAAAAAAACAACAGAAACAACAGCUUUACAUUCAUUAGCCCUUGUAUUUCCUUCUCACGCUCCCAUAAUUUCCUCAUCAGCUACACAAGUAAGACAUACAAGAGGGCAGUUAACCCAUUCCAGAGAAAAGGGAGUUAGAUGCAUGUGGGACCAAAUUUGGAAAAAAAGUGGCAGAGCUGCCCACUGCUAGAGCAUCAGCAGAGAUCUGAAAAUGAUGGUUUAGGUGAGUGGCUGAAGGGGUGUGUGUGAUGGAGGGACAGUUUCAGGAUGUGUAAAAGCCCAGUGUGGAUCUUUGAGAGUUCUCGCUCCCCUCCCCCCCCCAGCCCUGAUGGAACAUUGGACAAUGUAUUAUUUCUCAGCAUAGUUGUAUCAUGUAAAAGACAGCCAGGUUGCAAUAUCCAGAAUACACACUGUGGUAUUAUUUACUUCAGUUAAUUGGAUGUGCCUAAGAUAGGUUUAAAUGGGGUGAAGAAGAAUCAGGUGGCUAAUCCAGAAAUGACAUUGUACAAAGCAGUCACAUGAUUUUCCAAAUGAAAUGUUUGUGAAAUCGGAGCAUUCUCUUGCCACCUGUUGUAAUUUCUUUUUUCUAAUUUAAACUACUUGCUGAGAGAGAAAAGGGGGAAAUGUUUCCAAUUAAUUAAAACCAGGACUUUUGUUUAAAGUUCCACAUGUGCAAAUCAAAAUUGAACACCGUAAAUGCUCCAUAUAAAAGUAUUAUUUGUCUCUACCAGAUUCAGUAGAUGUGGUAACUUGUUUGGCAUAUUCUAAAAAGUACAAACAGCUCCAUGGUAAGUGAGAAAACUGACUUGAAGGAGCAAAAUCUGAUGCUGUUGUGUGCCUGAUCUCUCAGUUUGUUCUAGUUGCUGUUUUGCUAUAAAAAAAAAAUGUGUGUGUGUCUUUGAAUAUGUCGUGCUUCUCUUCAGCACACAAUACAUAGAUUUUUUUAAGCAAGGAAGUUAAACUAAGUUUAAGAAUGGUGUGUGUUGUGAUUAAUAUGUUUUAACUUUUUAACAUUGCGUUUUUUCUUUGCUUACUUUGAGGUUUUUAGUUUCUGUGAUGAUUGUUUUGGUUCAAUGAAAAAAAAACAUUUAAAGCCCAAACAAGAAAUGUGUUAAACUUGAAAAUUACACUGGUAAAGCAGACUUUGGUACUGAAACAAUAUCCUGGGUGGCUUUCUUGCUAUCAGAACCCUGGCUUUAUUCACAGGAUGCUUCUGCACUAAGUAUAAGUCAAGUGAGAAGCUAAAGCUAUGUCUGCAGAACGUGACAGCACUCUUGUAAUGUUAUUGUUUUAGUACUUGCAAUAUUCUUUUGGUUUUAAAUGCCUUGUUUUGUACUUGUGAAGCAACAUGAUGCUAGUGUUGUGCGUUAGUCUCAUGUUGAGUUAAAUGACCACAAUAACUCUGUUGUCUUCAAGAAAGCUGGUCAUGAAAAUUGCCUUUUUACUUCUGCAGCGUUAAUGUAGUUAGAUGGACUGCGAAUGCAAAAGUGGUGUCAGACAACAUCAGCCUACUGCUCCUAAAAAGGAGGCAAAGUGCUUGGAUGAAAAAUCUGUAAGGACUAAAUUCUCCAGAUAAGUGAAUUAAGUCACUUGUGCAUAGAAUAUCCAUGGCUUGUGCAGAUGUGCAGCCUUAAGUGCAUAUAGCAAAAAAGAAGAAGGUGUUUUUCCACUCCCCAUUUUUUUAACCUCUUGCAGUUAUACAGCCAAAUAUUUAAGACCUUACAUGUUCAAAAACAUCUCAUCCAUGUAAAUAACCAGUCUGGGUAUGUUGUAGCUAUAGCUUAAAUAAAUUAGUCAUUAGUUUAA